CAAGGAAGCGUUCCGCCUGGCAGGCGAGGCUGAGCCUGGGAAGACCUGGAAAUGAAAGUAGGAAAGCGCCCGAGGCACAUGGAGCAGGAUGCAUCCCUCUGUGAUCAAGUAGCGGCCGCUCGCUCGGUAUCCUUGCUCACCCGAAUAAUGCUCUAAUCAUAGUCAUAAGACCAUAUCAUUAUUUACCAAGGCCAAGUGGAAGGGAAGCCCCAGCAGAGGAAGAGGAGGAGGAGGAGGUGAGUGUGAGUGGCUGUAAUGGAGAGACAAAAAAGAAAAGAGGAGAUAGAGAAAGGACUUCAGUUUAUCCAGUCUACAUUACCCCUAAUCCAAGAAGAUUAUGAGGCUUUUUUGCAGAAGCUGGUGCGAAACUUACUUGCAGAAGGCAAUGACUUGUUCCGAGAGAAAGAUUUUAAGCUAGCGCUGGUCCAGUAUGUAGAAGGGCUGAAUGUGACUGAAUAUGCAGCCUCAGAUGAGGUGACCAUUCCAGUGGAUCUCCAAUGCAACCUGUACGUCAACCGCGCUGCCUGCUACUAUACCAUGGGUUUAUAUGAGAAGGCUUUGGAAGAUAGUGAGAAGGCUCUGGGAUUUGAUGCAGAGAACAUCCGAGCGCUUUUCCGGAAGGCCCGCUGCUUGAAUGAGCUCGGGAGGCACAAAGAAGCCUAUGAAUGUAACAGCCGCUGUCUCUUGUCCCUUCCACAUGAUGAAAGUGUGGCACAACUUGGUCAAGAUCUUGCUCAGACACUGGGAUUAAGAGUCCGGAAGGCAUAUAAAAGACCUCAGCAGGAAUUGGAAACAUUUUCUCUACUCAGUAAUGGCAUAUCAUCCAAUUUACCAAAUCAGUCUGUUUCCAAUGGAUUGAGCUCUGUAGAUGACAUUGAAACAGAUAUUUCUGGACAACUUCAGGGCCUGGCUGUCCCCUGUGCCACUUCCAUCACUGUGAGUGAGGGCCCUGCCUUUCCAUCAUCGGACUUGGAGGCAAAGAGCACGCCAACUUUGGUCCCUGCCAGCGCUCUCAUCUCUUCUUCGGAGGUGGCACCUGUGCCAGCAUCUGAGAAUGUGGAUGAUUUCGCUGAAGGAGGAGUUCUUGGGGAUGAAUUGGAUUCAAUCCUGGAUUCUCUUGCAGAUGGAUCUCAACAAUACCCUCUAUCUCUAGUACAAGGUGCCCUCCCUGCCAGUAUGCCUAGUGAAAUGCCUCGGCUGAUCCCAGUGUUUCCGGGAGGAACUCCGCUGCUCCCUCCGGUGGUAGCAGCCAACAUUCCAGUCUCCACGCCACUCCCUCCUGCCUCCUUUGGCCUUAUGAUGGAAGCCACAAAGCAACUGUCUUCCUCCUCUGUCUUGGAUGCCUUCGAACCACCUGUGGGUGGCAGUGGCAGUUCUCCUUUGGAUUCAUUGGAUUCACUAGAACUGCUUCCGUAUGCAGAGUCCCGGCUGGAUGUGCUGGAUGCCUUCGAAACUAGUCGAGGGUCCCUGGAUGCACUGGAUACUUUUACUGUUGAGGAAACCAGCACCCAAGAAACACGGCAGCCCACUAAUGUAAAGAAAGCACCACCCAUGACAAACCAUAGUGGGCCAAGUCACACAGUGAUACCCAAAGUGGUAGAGUUGCUGAUGUCUCAGCCAGAGUCGAUGAUGCCCAACACAGCCCUACUUGUGAAGAAUCCACUGGCAUCCACUCACAUCUUCAAACAAGCCUGUCAUCUCUGCUAUCCCAAAACAGGACCCAAGGCUGGUGAUUAUACCUAUCGAGAAGGCCUGGACCACAAGUGCAAAAAAGAUAUCCUUUUGGGCAGACGCCGUAACAUAGAUGAUAAAACCUGGAAGAGAAUCCGACCACGGCCAACCAAGACCAAUUUUGUUGGAUCUUAUUAUCUGUGCAAAGAUAUGCUUAACAAGCAGGACUGUAAGUACGGGGAUAACUGCACCUUCGCGUACCACCAGGAGGAGAUCGACGUGUGGACAGAGGAGCGGAAGGGAACCCUUAAUCGUGACCUACUGUUUGACCCACUGGGUGGGGUCAAGCGGGGCAGCCUGACCAUUGCCAAGAUUUUGAAGGAACACCAGGGCAUAUUCACUUUCCUCUGUGAGAUUUGCUUUGACAGCAAACCCCGGAUAAUCAGCAAAGGGACCAAGGACUCUCCAGCAGUAUGCUCCAAUUUAGCUGCACAACAUAGCUUUUAUGAUAAUAAGUGUCUGGUUCACAUUGUUCGUUCCACCUCUCUAAAAUAUUCCAAGAUUCGUCAGUUCCAGGAGCAUUUCCAGUUUGAUGUGUGCCGACAUGAAGUACGUUAUGGCUGUUUGCGUGAAGAUAGCUGCCACUUUGCUCACAGCUUCAUAGAGCUUAAAAUUUGGUUGCUACAACAAUAUUCAGGAAUGACCCAUGAAGAUAUUGUACAAGAAUCUAAGAAGUAUUGGCAGCAGAUGGAGGCACACACCAACAAGGCUAGUAGCAAUAUGGCUUCUUCUAGGAGUUCCACCUCAAACACUUUUGACCUCCAAAUGAAGUUUGUUUGUGGCCAGUGUUGGAGAAAUGGGCAAGUGGUAGAACCAGAUAAAGACCUCAAAUACUGUAGUGCCAAAGCACGUCACUGUUGGACCAAGGAACGCCGUGUCUUGCUAGUAAUGUCCAAGGCAAAGAGAAAGUGGGUGUCUGUCCGGCCACUGCCUUCCAUUCGCAAUUUCCCUCAGCAAUAUGAUCUUUGUAUUCAUGCCCAAAAUGGAAGAAAGUGUCAAUAUGUUGGAAACUGUUCCUUUGCCCAUAGCCCUGAAGAGAGAGAGAUGUGGACUUUCAUGAAAGAAAAUAAGAUUUUGGACAUGCAGCAGACAUAUGACAUGUGGCUGAAAAAGCACAACCCUGGGAAACCUGGUGAGGGGACACCUCUAACAUCACGGGAGGCAGAGAAGCAAAUCCAGAUGCCUACUGAUUACGCUGAUAUGAUGGGUUAUCACUGUUGGCUUUGUGGAAAGAACAGCAACAGCAAGAAGCAAUGGCAGCAGCACAUCCAGUCGGAGAAGCAUAAAGAAAAAGUCUUCACAUCUGACAAUGAUUCCAGUUGCUGGAACUACCGUUUCCCAAUGGGGGAAUUUCGGCUAUGUGACAGAUUCCAGAAGACAAAAUCCUGCCCUGAAGGGGAGAAAUGUUGCUUUGCUCAUGGCCAGGACGAGUUGACAGAGUGGUUGGAUCGGAGGGAAGUCAUGAAACACAAACUGGCCAAGGCCCGCAAGGAUAUGCUGCUGUGCCCCAGGGACGAUGACUUUGGCAAAUACAACUUCCUAUUACGAGAAAACAUUUAGUAUCAAAGGGAGGUUGGGCUGGAAACUGGCGCAUUUUCAGAACUGGAAAUGGAAUGGGGAGGAUCUGGGCAGUGGCAAAGAGACCAGUAUUUGUUCCAUGAAGCUGUCAUUGAGUGUUAGAUAAUCAAGAUGAUUUACUGAUGCUGGAUGCAAUUACGAAUUGAAUCAUCACAGCCAAUGAAAAUAAUGUUUCUAGAAUUUUGUUUUCUAACUCUUUUCUCUUUCUAAAACCAAUGUUUUUCAUUUUAUCACCAACCUUUUUUUUUCUUUGAAAAAAGGCAAGAGUUUUCAGUUGAGACGUAAGAAAGAACCUUGUGUUUUUAUUCCCUACGAUUUUAUUUUAUUUUUACUUUGAGCUGCCUUGUUUUGUUGAGAUAUUGCUGGGUCAUGGGAAGCAAAUAUAGAAGAAGAGUAGAAAAGGGAGACUUUGUGAGGCUUUGUUUAACAUUGGUAUCAUACAGAAAUCCCUACCAGUGGCUCUAAAUCAGGUAUGGGCAAGCUUGGGCCCUCCAAGUGUUUUGAACUUCAACUCCCACCA